AUGGCUGUGACAUUCGAAUCAUUAAAACAAUCAAAUCAUGUUGAAGUUCAAGAAAGUGAUCCGAUGUCACCAUCAUCGUCACCGCAACUAAUAUCAUCUAAUGAUAUUCAUGAACCUUUAACUCAUAAUUCAAAUAAAAAAAUCGAAGAACAAGUACCAAUUUCUGAAUCAGAAGAAACUGAUAUCACAACUAAUGUUGUCAAUGAUUUUAUAUCAGAUACAGAUACAACAACCAUAAAUUCAACAAAUAUGACCACUGCUGAAGCAUCAUUUACUGAAGCAACACCAGCUGAUUUACCACUAGGAGCAACACGUUCCUCUGUAGCUCGAAUUCUUGUUAAACCUGGACAAAUUUUUCGUGUUCAAGUUGAUAAUGAAGUUAAAGAAGUACAUGGUAAGUUUAUUGAUUUUCAUUCAAAGAAACGAUGA